GAAAGUUUGUCAAUAAAGUAUUCUAAAGAUAAUUUUCAGUUGGUAGAAAAGCUGAUGCAUGAGUUUACCAAGAUAGUAACUAUUGGGGGCAAAACUAAGGAAGGCAUAGUUAGGACUCAUGCUGUUUAGGAGUGAAGUAUAGAUGAGACAAAAGGCACUCCUGCCUCAACGGUAGAGAUUAGGCACGGUGAUGCAGCUUUGUAAUUCCAGCCAACACUCAUGACACUUAAGUAGAAUUUUGAGUUUGAGGAUAUAUAUAGCAAGACACACAAAAGGCAGGGGAUGGUGCUCUUGCAGGGAAAGUGAGUUUAGGUCCUAGCACAUCAGGCAGCUCACAACUGUUAACUCCAGCAACUAAGGUGCCAGUACUUCACACUGGCAUAUAUACAUAAAAGGUAAUUUUAAAUACUUUGUAUAAAUCAAGGGAGCAACUUGAACAGAGAAAAAAGUUGAAACGAAUUUAAUGACAAAGCAGAAGACCAAGAACUCAAGAAUCUAUUGAAAGCCGUGGCUAGAUGCUGGGGCUGUAGCUAGCUUUCCUAGUAUGCUUGAAACCCUGGAUUCCGUUUUGCCAGCACAUAAACCAGGUCCUUCUCGGCUACCUACUGAGUGUGAAGCCAGUCUACGUGCCAACCUGUCUUUAGAAGAAAGAAAACUGCAAAAAGACAGUGCUGCUCUUCCAGAGGACCUGAGUUCGAGUCAGAGCACCUACAUCAGGUGGCUUGCCACCACUUCCAAUCCAAGGGAUCCACACACGGCAUUUACACACACCACGUAAAAAUAAUAAAAUUUCCAAAUGAAUGAAUGAAUAAGUGCUUCUGUUUUUAUUCUGACAGUCAGAUGUGACCAGAAGGAUGCCAAAGGUAACCACAAGUGUUUUGAAACUAAUGAUUAAUAAAUUAAUAAUAGAUUAAAAGUUGUGUAUACUGAGGAAAAUCUAAUCCUCAAAUUUAUUGCCUUGCUGAGUCCAUGGAUAUCUGGUGAUAAAGCAAGUCUGUAAGCCAGAUAUGCUCCAAUUCUUCACCCUGUUUUUGUCCAGUAUGAAAUCCAAGUUUGAAAAUGGGGUAAUAUAAACAAGCUAUUUUUUAUCCAAAAGAUAAAUUUUCAUCUAAUGUCUUUGUUUAGCUGGCUCUUGUGCCUCCUAAUGAAAGAAAUUUCAAGACCCUUCCUAUGAACUUGGAACAUAGCGGUGUACUGGGAGUGUUGAUUUGAAUUAAUUUGUCUUGUUUUUAUUUGAGUUAAUGCAUCUUUUCUGUGUGUUUACAGGUGCGGUGCAAGUGGAUCUGGAUGAACUCUGGUCGCAGUGGCCCCAAGAACUCUGAACUGAGCAACGAGUACAGGUCUGCCCUCAGCUCCUGGAACUCCAGUCUGGAUCUUGAUUUGAGCAAUUGGAGGGAAACUGAGAAUUCAGAUGUAGAGGCUGCAGAACUAGAGGAAAGCAUCCCAGAGAGAGAAUCUAGUGAGUUCCUUGUGGAAGAUGUCGAGAGUGAAGAACCUCAGGAGGAGGGAGAGCAAGGCAACAGCCAGAACCUCCUUCACUUCCUCUCUGAGGGGGAGGCUCAGCAGGACUCAAAAGAAGAGGAUCAGGGUGAAGGGGAUACUUCGGACAUGGACGAGCAGCCCCGGUCAGGUGACUAUGAUGACGGCACGAGCGCUCAGGACACUCCCCUGGUGGACAUCCUUUACAACUGCCCCAACUCCUCGCAACUGAGUGACCUAAGCCAAGGUGACCCUAUUCAGGAUCAUUUCCUAUUUAAGAAGACUCUUUUGCAAGUCUGGAAGAUGAUUGCCAGUCACAGGUUCAGCAGUCCAUUUCUGAAGCCUGUGUCAGAAAAGCAGGCCCCGGGAUACAAGGAUGUGGUGAAAAGACCCAUGGACUUAACAACCCUGAAGAGGAAUCUGUCCAGGGGACGCAUUCACACCAUGGCUGAGUUCCAGCGGGACCUGAUGCUGAUGUUCCAAAAUGCUGUGAUGUACAACGACUCUGACCAUCACAUCUACCGUAUGGCCGUGGAGAUGCAGCGUGAGGUCUUGGAGCAGAUGCAGGUGCUGAGUACUUGGUUAGACAAACGGAAGGACUCGAGCAGUCCAGAGUGAGUGCUAGCUCAUCCAGUGGGUGAAGGCGGCCUGCUCUGUUGGCUGGAACUACAGGUCUGAGUCCACGCCAGGUUUAUUGCUCUCCUGAAACCUGGCCAGAGAAGAUCUGAAGACUUACUUCCUCCUUCUCCAUCACCUUCCCUGAUAAGGAUAAUAAGCCUUACUUCCUUACUGAGCAGUCAGUGGUGCUUGCAGCUGUAAUAUUUUAAAGGGGUGGGGAUGGGGUGCUGAGAUACAGCUUUAUGAUGUAAAUAUUUCCCAUAUUUUUGUUGCAUAGAUUUAGAAGUGAUUUAAUUGAACCUUUUGCUUCUCUAUAAAUAAAUA